AUGACAGCCAUCAAGAACGUCAUCAUCAUUGGAGCGGGUGGUAACCUCGGUCCCUCCAUCUUGAACGCUUUCCUCAAGGAGUCCUCUUUCAACACAACCGUCCUUUCCCGCCAAGGGUCAAAGUCUACCUUCCCCUCAGGUGUCAAGGUCAUCCGCGCAGACUACGAUUCCCACGACAGCCUAAAGGAGGCAUUCCAGGGCCAAGAUGCGGUUGUCUCACUUGUUGGUGGUAUGGCACUGGGAGAUCAGAACAAGUUGAUCGAUGCCGCCAUUGCAGCGGGAGUGAAGCGCUUCCUUCCUUCAGAGUACGGCAGCAACACGCCCGACAAGCGCACUCGCGACAUUGUGCCUGUCUUUGAGGCCAAGUUUGGCACAGUCAACUACCUUAAGAGCAAGGAGAAGGAGAUUAGCUGGACCAGCAUCAUCACUGGUCCUUUCUUCGACUGGGGCCUCAGGGUCGCUUUCCUAGGCUUUGACGGGUCCUCCAAGACUGCAACCAUCUUUGAUGACGGUGAGGCCGUCUUUUCGGCGACCAACCUCCACCAGAUUGGCAUUACAACCGUCAAGGCACUCGAGCACGCAGAUCUGACCAAGAACCAAUACGUAUACGUCAGUGGAUUCCAGACAACGCAGAACGAGGUGCUGGCCGCGGCAGAGAAGGUUACUGGUGCGAAGUGGACUGUCAACAAGGCCAGCGCGAAGGAGCACAUCGAGCAAGGGCGUGCUAAGCUUCAGUCGGGAGACUAUAGCGGCAUCCCGUACUUGAUCCAGGGUGCUACAUUUGCCAAGGAGCAUCAGCUAGGUGACUUAUCGUCGGCGGGUCUGUGGAACGAGAAGCUGGGUGUGCCCAAGGAGGGUUUUGAGGAGACCAUCAAGGCUGUAUGGGGUUAA